GAUUUCCUGGCGCUGGAGCUGCUGGACGGGCACCUGUACCUGCUGCUGGGCAUGGGCGCGGCGGGGCUGCGGCUCCGCGCCAGCGCCCGCAAGGUCACGGACGGGGAGUGGUGCCACGUGGACGUGCAGCGCGACGGCCGCAAGGGUGAGGGGCCGGGGACCACCCCCCCCCGUCCCUGGCCAGCGGGGACCGCGACGUGCUGGACGUGGGCGCGGAGCUGUACCUGGGGGGGCUCCCCGAGGGCCGGCCCGGCCCCCCCGCGCCCCCCGAGCUCUGGGCCGCGGGGCUGCGCCUCGGCUUCGUGGGCUGCGUGCGGGACCUGUUCGUGGACGGGCGGAGCCGCGACGUGCGGGCGCUGCUGGGGCCCGGGGGGGCCCCGGGGGUCUCCCCGCUCUGCGCCCGCGACCCCCCCCGGCUGUGCGCGAGCGGCCCCUGUCGCAACGGGGGGACCUGUCGCGAGGGCUGGAACCGCUUCGUGUGCGACUGUCGCGGCACCGGGUACCUGGGGCCGCGCUGCGAGACAGAGGCCGCGGUGCUGAGCUGUGAUGGCAGCACG